AUGAACCACAACGAAGUGGUCGGAGAUAAUUCCUGGAUACAGUUUAAUAGCACAAGCCAGCUGCUCUACGGUCUACCUGACUCGAACCACGUCGGGAAGCACGAGUACUUCAUGCAGGCCACCGAUAAGGGCGGUCUGAAUGCGAUCGACGCCAUUGAGGUCCGUGUGAACCGCUGGGCUUCCAACGAUAAGUCCCCGGUCCUGUUCCAAGCUCGCUUCCACGGGGAACCUCGCCAGGUGACCAACGACAUCCACAAGAAGAUCCUGCUCAUCAAGAAACUGGCGUACUCGUUCGGGGACCGCAACAGCAGCACAGUCACCCUGAGGAACAUCACCAAGGGGUCCAUCGUGGUGGAGUGGACCAACAACAGCCUCCAGCAGAACCCAUGCCCGAAGGAGCAGAUCCACACCAUGUCCAGGAGGAUCUCCGAUGCCCAGGGAAGGCCCUCCCAGACCUUCAUCUCCACCAUGGAGCCUGAAUUCAAACCCAUCGACAUCAAGGUAAAAGGGACGGCCGCCUGCCGGAAUUACAUGUUUGUCCCGCCAGGGGAAAUCACCAUUCCUAUCCCCCCGGCCGUCACCCCGGCGCUGGGUACCGGACGCCAGAGCACCGACGACGUCUACCUCCACACGGUCAUCCCUGCAGUGGUGGUGGCGGCUAUCUUGCUGAUCGCCGGCAUCAUCGCCAUGAUCUGCUACCGUAAGAAGCGCAAGGGCAAGCUGACCAUUGAGGACCAGGCUACCUUCAUCAAGAAGGGGGUGCCCAUAAUCUUUGCAGACGAGCUUGACGACUCCAAGCCCCCUCCGUCCUCCUCCAUGCCCCUCAUCCUGCAGGAGGAGAAACCCCCACUGCCCCCGCCGGAGUACCCCAACAUGGCCAGUCCAGAGACCACCCCCCUGAACCAGGACCUUCUGGGGGAGUACACGGCUCUGAGGGACGAGGACCCCAACGCCCCCCCCUACCAGCCCCCGCCCCCCUUCACCGUCCCCAUGGAAGGUAAAGGCUCUCGUCCAAAGAACAUGACCCCCUACAGAUCCCCACCACCCUACGUGCCCCCCUAA